GUCAAGAAGUGCGUCUAUCCCACUUCUCCCACCAUGUCGACUAUCGAAGGCGCUCAGCAGCAGGAGUCCAAGAAACGUGUCGCGUCGACUGAGACGCCUGCCGAGGGCGACCACAGGAAGAAGCGGCGGAACCGUACGACGCAAUCCUGCCUCAAUUGCCAUACCUCAAAGAGGAUGUGCGACAGGAAGCGUCCGGCGUGCGGGCGCUGUACACAACUCGGGCUGACUGGGCAUUGCGUGUACGAGGUUGACGACCCAGCCCAACGAGCUGAGUCGGACGAGAACGCUCGGCUUUUGAAGCGAGUCGCAGAGCUGGAGGGCGUCAUUCGAGAGUUGAAGAAUAAGCCUCAGCCUCGUCGUCCUCGUACCGAUUCACAGACGAGCGAGUCAUGCAUAGCUCUCGACGGGCCUCCCACACCUGUGACGCCGGAUGGCCUCGAAGGCCGGUCCAUGGAUGGCAGCGAGGCCUCGCGCACGCCGCCCCUAAGCACGUCGCCUUGCACUGUGGGAUCGCCGUCGAUAUCCUCCAUGCCCAGCCCCAUGGACGAGCUCGUCAUAUCCUUCAUCGGCAACGAGACUUUAGGCACUAGGCACCCACCACCGACGUUCUCCUCCGAGGACUUCACAGCCCAGUGGAUAGCUAACGAUCUGUCGACGCUGCUCGGUCCACGCAUCGAGGGCAACAUAUGCGACGAUCCUGGAGUUGUCCCUCCGGUUGAGGAAGGCGGCAGAGGUACUUUCGCGCGUCCACGCCACCACACGACGCUCCUGUCGCCUGACGCAACGCGUCACAGAGUUGGACGCCUUAGCCAACACGUUCCGAAGACAACAUUGGUCAACGCGCAGACACCUCCACAAGUCCUGUACGUCACCAGGCGACGAGCUCUCUCGACGAUAGCAGAACUCAGACUCACGCGCGAGAUGCAAGCAAGGUAUGCGGCCGAAUUUGGGAGCGUCGAGCUAGGGAGGAAAUUCAUGCGAGUGUUAUCCGAGAAGGCCGAUGUCAUUGGGGGCACGCCCCAUCCAGACGAUCCCUCUAUUCGUGAUAUCCCGAUCCUGGGCUGCACGUAUCACAUCCGCCUGUGGACGGGCUGCCUGGAUAACUCGCGAUUGGUGUGCUGGAACUUCAUGAGCAACAAGACCGGUAAACCUCGGCUGCGGCCCACCAAUCUGAAGAUCUACGCCGAUGGUGACAAGAUCUGUCUUGCCUCGAUAGAGGAAGGCUGUUGCUUCGACCUGAAGAAAUCGGAGUGGCCGGAAGGGACCACCGAGACCUUUGCCGCCGAUGACGGUUCCGUCGUCGACUUCGUCGUCGGGCAGACCACCCUCUUGCGACUACAACUACCGUCUCGUCCGUUCGCCGGACCUCCGCGUAUCAAGAAGUAUCGGGAGUACAAAAUACUACCCAUCGAAGACAACGAGGACGAUAGCGGGGAGGACGAAGAGGAGGAGAAUGGCGAGGGACCGAACGACGACGAGGAAGAGGAGGAAUGAACACCAGUGCUGUUCCAUGCUGCGCAUGCCAGCGAUCUAUUCAAGAAGUCCUGUCAAUAUAUUUAUCAGCUAUCGAGCUCGCUUUCAAGUGUAUACGCCGCAAACGGAUGUAGAUGGGUACCUGGCUGUACCCUACGGAACUCUGUCGCACUACAACAUCGCUGAAUCAUCAAUCCUAGCAAUUAUUGGGCCCCUU